AUGGAGAAGUUCUCGCAGUUUCGUGACAAAGGCUCUGGCAUCGCUCCCUUCCUCCCUAUCCCGACCGAGCCGGCUGGAAUCCAACUACCUUUCCACAUUUUUCUCUUCGUCUGCCGGGUGCCCCUCCUCCUGGUUUUCGCCCUUUCAUACUUCCUCGUCCUACAAUGGAUGCCGAUAGGAGUUCUGGGAAGGAAAGCUUCGUUAUGGUGCAUACUGGGCCUACCAGGUAUCUGGUGGGUUGAUCUACGAAUCGACGGAGUGAAAAGAGGGUCUUUGGCAAAGAACAGUACCAGUAUUCCUCAAGCCGGCUCCAUCAUCGCGGCCUCCAGCGCUUCUCCCAUCGAUGCGCUCUAUCUGUCUGCCAUCUUCGAUCCGCUGUUUGUCGCAAGCUAUCCUCAUAGCAGACUGGUGGAACCCAUCUCACUCUUCACCGCCGUUUGCCGGGCCUUUUCAUACCCGAAACUGAAUCCGUCCGGGAGAGCAAAAUUAAUCGACCUAAAAACCUAUCUGAAGAAACAUCCGACCCGCAUCGUUGUGGUUUUCCCCGAAUGCACCACAUCUAACGGGAGAGGUAUAUUGCCUAUGAGUCCUUCCCUGUUGAGUGCGCCCCCGCGCACCAAAGUAUUUCCAGUGAGCCUGAGAUACACACCACCUGAUAUCACCACACCAAUCCCACACGCCUACUUCACGUUCCUUUGGAAUCUAUGCAGCAAGCCAACACACUGUAUCCGCAUACGUAUUGCGGAACCCGUGUACAAUACAUCGAAGAGGACCUCAGAACCAGUCGUUGCAAAGACUUCAUCGUAUGCCACCAAUCAUUUCGACACGUUAGCCACCGACAAUGUGGCCAGCGAUGCAGAUACGCUUGUUGGCAGUGAAGAAGUAGAAGGUCCCACCACCAAGGAGGAGAGAGCGUUUCUAGACAAGGUUGCGGAGGCGCUGGCUAGGUUAGGACGCGUCAAGAGACUUGGUCUAGGGGCGAAGGAGAAGGUUGACUUUCUGGAUAUGUGGAAAACAUCACGCAGACGACGAUGA